GUUUUUAGCCCGUUUCUUGGUAAAAAUGGCAGCCAACAGUGCAGUGUUGAACAGAUUGGAGCAGAAAGGUGCAGAGGCUGAUCAAGUUAUUGAAUACCUCAAGCAGCAAGUUGCUCUGCUCAAGGAAAAAGCUAUCUUGCAGGCAUCUCUCCGAGAAGAGAAGAAGCUCCGUGUAGAAAAUGCUAAACUGAAGAAAGAAAUUGAAGGUCUGAAGCAGGAGCUUAUUCAGGCAGAAAUUCGAAAUGGAGUAAAACAAAUUGCAGUUCCUUCUGAUUCAAGCAUUUCUGCAGCUUCAUUUUCAGAAGAUGUUUCACAGCCUGCAGCAGUCACAUCCUCUCCUGGUGCCAAAGAUGAAAUUAAGGGUGAAGAUGAAGAAAAGAAAAAGAAGGACAAAGCAGAAAAAAAAGCUGAAAAGAAGGAGAAGAAACAGCAGCCAGCUGCUGGAAGUAGUGACUCAAAACCUGUAGAUGUUUCUCGUCUGGAUCUUCGUGUUGGCUGCAUCUUGACUGCAGAAAAGCACCCGGAUGCAGACUCACUAUAUGUUGAGCAAGUGGAUGUUGGUGAAGCAAGCCCAAGGACUGUUGUCAGUGGUUUAGUGAAACAUGUUCCUCUGGACCAGAUGCAGAAUCGGAUGGCGAUACUACUCUGUAACUUGAAGCCUGCCAAGAUGAGAGGAGUAGUAUCUCAAGCAAUGGUGAUGUGUGCCAGCUCUCCUGAAAAAGUGGAAAUUCUGGCUCCCCCGCCAGGGGCAGUACCUGGGGAAAGAAUCACUUUUGAAGGUUAUCCUGGAGAUCCAGAGAAGGAGCUUAAUCCCAAGAAGAAGAUUUGGGAGCAAAUCCAACCAGACCUUCAUACCAAUGACCAAUGUAUUGCUACAUACAAAGGAGUUCCAUUUGAAGUGAAAGGGAAAGGAGUCUGCUGUGCAGAGACCAUGGCAAACAGUGGAAUUAAAUAAACCGUUAUGAAAAGGUUUUUCAGAUUUUGAAAUGGAAAGUAAUGCAAGCACAAUAAAGACAUGAAUAUAUUGUCCCUCCCAAAUGCAUGGCUAAUUCCUUUUUUUUUUUGAUUGCUUUCAGAGUUGCUAAAUGUGUAAUGCCUGCAGGAUUUUCACACCUCACUCAUUACGURUGCUUACUGUCUUUGAGGUUAAGUAUUAUCAAUAGUCACUAACUACUUAGUGUUUAGGAUUUGAUUACCAAGGCUUGUUCAUACUAGAUCUAGAGGAUUCAUAAGCAAGCAGCAAACAAGCAUAUUCUCUGGGCAGCUAGAAGAUUUGGAGAGUCCACUAAGCAAAACUAUCUCAGGAAAGACAACUUUCUGACAUGUUCCUUACUUGAUAACCUCCAUCCAGGAGGUGCAAGAAGUCAUCUUAGAUGUCAAAUCCUCUUGUCAUCUUUCCAUAGUUUGACUCACCUACUCCCAAGCACUUUUCAGAUAUUAUAAUAAACCUUUGCAACACUGUUCUUGUCUGUAUUGUCUGGAUAGUCUUCAGUCCACUCAUGAAGAUUGAA